AUGGGUCCGUUCAGCCUCGAGAGUUGGAAGAGCCUUCCAUCGAUUCCGUACGGGGAGAAGAAGCUCCUGUGGGGGAAGAGACGAGCUGCGGUAGGCGGCAAAACCGCCACAGGCGAAACGGACGACGAAGGCGCAGCCGUUGACAGAGACGAAAUUGCCGAAGAGACCGGUGCGGUGGAUGAAGAGGAGAUUGAACUCCCAGACGUCGGAAGUGGCCGGGGCAGCAGCAAGACACUGGCUCCCACAGUCCAACAGCCAGUUGUGUAUCAUGAAAUGCCCGUGACGCUUUGGGAGUCCGCGCUGCAGGCCACCAGCGCCGCCCACAUCAUCGACGUGACACCCCAGUCAGGACGGCUGGCUGCUUGGGCAGUGUGCAACCGUCUUGGCUAUGUGGGCAUAGCAUGCACACAGCACCACAUGGAGUACAUCGAGAAGACUGUCAUGAAGGAGGUGCUUGCCGCCUUGUCCAACCCGGGCUCCGGUCUCUAUGCACCUGCGCUGGCUGACAAAAACAUCGAGCAGAAGGCCAAGGAGGAGGCCAAGCGCAAACAGGAGGAAGAGAAGAAGAAGAAGGCGGAGACCGCUGCAGUCAAGAAGCGCAAGGAGAAUGAGAAUCAGAGCGGACAGACUCAGACGGAGACCAAGAAGCCCAAGAAGGACGAGGGCUCCAGUGGCAGUGGGGCAGGCGAGAGCGGCGGCGGGAGCACGAGUGGACUUAGCGCUGCGUUGCAAGCAAUGCUAGACAAGGCGAAGAACAAGGAAGCCAGUCCCUUGUCGGAGGCCUCUUUUCUUGGGUCAAACCGCUGGGGGGCUGUGACGAAGUCUCCGAAGGCCCACCGCGCGCAGAAGAACCUGAAGGUGGGUGUAAGGUCACAGGCCGACACGAAAGAUCAUGAAGAUACGUUCGUGCAGGAGGACUCAUUUCCCGAGUUGUCUGGCUACAUCGUGAAGAAAGGCACUGGAUCAGUUGGUGGUCACCUGUAUUUCGACCUAGAGGAGCUGACUGGCGGCACCGCUGCCGCUCCGCGAUGGUUUGACUUAGAGUCAGCUGUGGACACUCCCUUCGAGGAGCUCGACCAAGCCCUGGCCCUGUGUCGUACAGCCGUCAUCUGCCCCACACUGGACCUUACGGAUCGGCGGAAGGUGCGUGCUCUGCGGGAUGGGCUGAAGAAGCUGCUGGACAGCAUGCCCUUGUCCCUCAGCCGAGUCCUCAUGCUGAGUACCGUUGGUGCACGAGGAAAAGAUGGAGGUUUCAACGUAGGCUCCUUCUUCGGCGUGGAUUUCAAGACGGGGACCUAUGCCAGCCUGGAGGAUGAGCUCACCUCACUCGCCAGGCAGCGGCCUGUGAACAAGCCCUUGAAGGUAGUCAUUGUUCGUGCGGGUCCCGCCCCUCGAGCCGCCACCCGAUCCGAAGUUUGCUGCAGUCUCGAAGAGAUCGUGGGCAGCACCUCUCUGCAGACGGCCUCUGCCGCCCUUCUUCAUGCCCUCGUCUUCGACGUAGAUGCAGGCUUCACUGUGGUUGACACGCCGCUCGCAACCGCCGCGACGUCUUUCCGUGGACCUCGUUGGGAGCGGCUCUUGCUGCCUUGCGUGGGACCGGAGAUAUGGCGCAUGGAUGUCGAUGACGCACGUGCAGCUGCUUUGUUCGUCCAGCAGUGGGCGGGCACCUUCGUCGGCGUUGGCACUGGUGCGGUAGCACGCUUCGGCAUGAAGACGCCGGUGGAGCUCCAGGAGACUUCUUGCGGCUGCUUGCUGAAAUUCCGUCCCGUGGGCACACCACCUGCCAAGAAGUUUGAGGAGCUUGAAGAAGGCGGCGUCGAAUUCCUGGCCGAGGCGGCAUCUUUCCAGCCUUGGCAUGAGGGGGGGGAGAUCGGAGUCUGGGAUUUGAUAGAUGGAGUGAUCAAGAGUUUUGCGGGCAGGCCUGUACUCAUACAUCCGGAUGGCGACAACAAGAUGUGUCGGCGGGAGAUGCUGCUAUCACAUGCGAAGAUCAUGGACGUUCUUACACCAGUCCUCCAAACGCAGGAAAAGCUUGUGGAGUUGGAUCGCCAGAGAAACGGCCGGCGAGAGGCUUUGGGAGCUUUUCGCCGCGGAGAAACCAACGUCCGGUCGUCGCAGUGGAUUGCCACACAGGGGCAGUUCAUCCGCCUGCCGGGAAAAACUGCGAGGUCCUGGCUGACGGAGCAGCAGCAGGACACCGAGAAGCAAAUCGCAACGGCCCGAAGCGACCUCAAGGUGCAGCUGCAGGAUCUGCUGGCGGAGCACCCCAGGGUCACCGAUCUCCCUGCUGGGGUCUCCGCUUUGCUGCUCUCCGAGCAGCGGCCUCCAGAGGCGCCGACAGAGCAGACGAAGCAGGUCGGCAGCAAGCGUAAUGCUUUAGACUACUCGCGCUUUGACAAGAUCGUCACCUCCGACUCUGAGGGCGACAGUAGUUGA